GUAAAAGUAAUGCUGAGAAUAUCAUCCGGUGAAGGUGGUAGUUUUUUUACGGCUGACAAACGUAAAAAACAAAUAACAAUUAUUGAUCCAACGUCAGGACAAUCAGCAAUGACUGAAUCAGACAGAAGGCCAACUGUUGCUGCUCCAAAGAUGUUUGCAUUCGACGCUAUUUUUACAGAAGAAGAUUCACAGAUAGAAAUAUGUUCAAGCGCGUUAACUGAUGUUAUUCAUGCUGUCAUUAAUGGUACAGACGGGUGCUUAUUUUGUUUUGGUCACGCCGGUUUAGGUAAAUCACAUACAAUGCUCGGUACUCCUGAAGCUGGACAUACACUAGGUGCUAUUCCAUGUGCAAUAACGUGGUUAUUUCGUGGUAUAUCUGAGCAACGACAAAGAACUGGAGCGCGAUUUAGUGUACGAGUAAGUUGCGUUGAAUUAACAACUGGACAACAUCAAUUAAAAGACCUGCUAGCUGCAUACGCAAAUGAUUCAGAACAAUCACCGGCAGUUUAUCUACGUGAUGAUCCACUGUUUGGUACACUGCAGCUUCAGCAGCACAGUGAACUUCGUGCUCCUACUGCUGAGCGUGCGGCAUUUUACUUGGACGCAGCAGUUGCUGGCCGUCAAUAUGAAGAUAGCAAUGCUCAUAUGCUCUAUACGCUUCAUGUUUACCAAUACAGUGUUGCUGGUAAAGGUGGAGUUGCUGGUGGGCGUAGCAGACUUCAUUUAAUGGAUCUUGGUAAUUCAGAUCGUGGUAAAUCUGCUGGCGGUAUACCCUUGUCUGGUCUUGGAAAUAUAUUAUUAGCAAUAUUUAAUGGUCAAAAGCAUUUACCCUAUAAAGAACAUAAAUUAACCCAAUUAUUAAAAGAAUGCCUGGGUUCACUGACAUGUCAUGCAGCAAUGAUUGCCCAUGUAUCACCAAAUGCCCAACAUUAUACGGAUACCCUAACAACUGUACAAUUAGCUUCACGUAUACACAGAAUGCGCCGACGUAAAAUUAAAUUUGUAUCUGGUGGUACACAAGGAAAUGGUCACAGCAGUGGGAGUUCCGGUGAGGAAGCCGCACGACAAAAUACCGAGUGUGAUCCAAGCUCAAGUGAUUUAUCAGCAGACACUGUUAUUUAUGUUGGUCCAUCUGCUGAAGACGCAACUGAUGGUGAGCAUCCACCUGUUUAUAUUCCAAGUCUUAAUUCUGGUGAUCAAAGAUGUGCUAUGGGACGAAUUUUACGCGGCUCUGCUGCUGAAAGACCUUUAAAUAGUAAAUUUAUUGACGAUCAACAUAGUCCGGUACAUAAUAAUAAAACAAUUACUACAACAACUGCAACUACAACAACACCAUUAACAACAACGACGACAACAACUAAUGCAACGGCAGUAACACAAACGACAGCGUCAAUGGCACCAACAAAAUCAUCUGUAAAAACAUUAACUCAAACGGCGUCUAAACAAACAUCGCCAGCUCAUAGUAUUACACCAAAAGCAAGUCCAGCCCGUAAAAUUAACACUAAAUCUUCCAUUAAUAAAUUAACAGACUCCCCAACAAAUAGUAAAAUACCAAUCUCUAGUAGUAAUAAUGCAAGUGGAAAUAAUGUUAUUAUUAUUGGAGCGUCUGACGAACAGUGGAUUGAUGGACCAAGAAUAUCUAAAUCAAAAGUUGCUGAAGCGAGACAUUUAUUUAAAGAUACUCAUCAUAAACGAGAAACAUGGAUUGAUGGUCCUUUACAACCAUUACUUAAUCAGCAACAGCAACAGCAGCAGCAACUACAACUACAACUACAACAACAAUCAUCACAGCAUACUGGAUACGGUUUUAUGGAUAAUCAUAAAAAAAUAAUGAUAAGAAAGUGGGUAGAAAAUCAGUCAUCACAAAUCCAACGGGCCAAGCACACGUCAUCGAGAUCGGAAUCUAAAUUAGGUCAAUCUUGUGGAAGCAGUGUCACUGGUGGUGUUGGUAUUUUUAAAGAUGUCACAAGUAGUGGUGGUGGUGGUGGUGGUGGUGGUGGUGGUGGUGGUGGUGGUGGUAGUGGUGGGGGCUCGGCGGGAUUUAAAAUGUCGUCUGAUGAUAAUGAGGAUGAUACGUCAUUAAGUACUGUGGGCAGCGAUAGUUUAAGAACAACUGAUGCUGAUGAUACCAUUGAUAAGAUUCGUUCUACUGGGGGUAAUAAAUUAUUAAAUUUAAUAAAUAAUAUAAAGUCAAAUACUGAUUCUGGUUUAGAUUUAACAACUAGUCCUGUUAUUGAUGAUAGUAGUGAUAAUAAAAAUAAUGAUAUAGAUAAUGAUGACGAUGAUGAUGAUAAUGAUGAUGAUGAUGAUGAUGAUGAUGAUGUUAAUAUUGUAGAUAUUGAUGAUGAUGAUAAUGAAGAGGAAGAUGAAAUAAUUGUACCUCCACCGUUAAAAUUAAUUGAACCACUGAGUAAUGGUGUUAGUCGCGAAGUUUCAAUGGAGAGUCUUAAUUUAUCUCAUAAAGAUAUGGUAUUGCCUUCGAGACAUUCACUGUCGUCGGAAGAUGAAAUUUUAGAGAUUAUUGAAGUUGAGGAUUUAGAACCAGUACCAAUGCAAGACUCGUGUUUGCAAGUUACCGAAGAAGAUAUAGCACUUUGUAUGGGUGAAAAUCCUUUGCCUGAAAGCGAUCAAGAGGAACAUCCGUUAAGGAUUUUGAGUCAAGAAAACUUGACAAUUGUCUCUACAUUCACCGAUUCAAUGUCCGUAAUGUCAGACAGCGAACGUUACAAACCGCAAUUUUCAUCAUCAGUUGGUAUAGGUGUCUUACCGCGACCUUACUUUGACCAUGAAGACUUUCUUGAGCAGGAAACUCGACACAAGUUUGAUCAAUUGGCUCGACUUCAUGAACUAUAUCAAAGUAAACUUGCUUUGGCCAAUGUAUCCAAUUCAGUGACUUAUCAGAGAGAAAACUCAUCUGUUGUCAGUGUCCAUGAUGUUCCAGCAAAUGUGUUCCGUCCACCAUCACGUUGUCAAUCUUUAUCGCUGUCUGACGUUAUGUUUAAUGACAAUUCAAGUAACCAUGGAAGUAUAUACAGUGAACCGGCGUAUAUACCUGGCAAUAACGAUGAAGAAAAAAUAUGUGAUAAUUGUCGGCAAAGUAUGUCACGACCAGCAACAGCGUCUUAUUGGUACCCAACAAUUCAAGGAGGAGCAGGAUCUUCACUAACUAAAAAUCAACAAGCAAUGUCUUCAGCGACUGGAAUGAGAAUGGGAAUGGGAGUAAGAAUGGGGAAAGGUGGUGGAGGAGGAUCAUCAUCAUCAUCAUCAGCAUUGCCAUUAUCAUCAGGUGAUAAUGGUGGUGCAGUAUCGCAAAUUCCUAGCAGUAGUUUAUCACAUUUAGCGAGUCCAAAACGUUAUUGCGGUAAAUUUAGUGAUUGUAAUAUAUCUAGUCUACGACAUCCGGAUGGUGCGUCAAAUCCAAAUCUUAAAGAGGAAAUUGAAAGAAUACCGGGCAAUGGUGCUUCGGGGUCUGAUCCUGAAGAAGAAUAUAUUGAGGCUAAAAAAUUAUUCAACACUGCUGUUCAUGAAAGAUCUGAAAGAAGCGAAAGAACUGAAAGAACUGUCACUGGCAAAUCGGAUAUUGAGGAGGAAAUUAUACUUCCAGUAACUGUACCGUUAGAAUUAUCAAUUCCGUCCUCACUACCGUCCUCAGGUCGUAUGCAACGUAAAAUAUUAAGCCUCGGUUCAUCACUCGGAUUAAAUCGCGAGAGUUAUGAUUCUGGUGCUGAUUCUACGCCACGUGCUGCUAAACUUUCUCCAGCUACUUUGUCAAGGUAUCGCGCUGAAAGUUCCGGUUAUGAGAGCGUAAUCAGAGACAGCGAAAUUAGUAGCAUUGCCAGUGAUUCAUCAAGGCAAACUAGCGCACUCCAAGAGCAUCAAGGUGGCGCACUGGGAGUUCUAACAUCGACGUUGUGCGGAUGUUUCAGCGGUGGGACAACCGGGAGCCGAGUACGUGCAACACGUUCAACAUCAGCAGCUGCAGCUGCAGCGGCAGCAGCAGCAGCAGCAUCAGCAUCAGAGGCAAACAAUCCUACCCGUGGUAGUACUCGAUUACACAGACGAGGACGUGGAAAUAAUGGAACGGAGAGGUCUAAUUCGCUCGGAUCCACGUGGCACAAUGUACAAGAUAAACAACCUACGUCUGCGCCAACGGCUUCUUAA